AUGAGCGCAGAACUGAUUCAUCAGGCUGACAAGCGGAAACUAUCCCCAGAGCAGCGUGUGGAUAUUGCCCGUACAUCGCGAGUCAGAGAUGAGUACGAGGAUGAGCAAAGGAUCAUGGCUAAGAGAAGAGUCGUGGAGGGAAGGCAUAUCGAAAGUGAGUUUCUUAGGCAAGACGACUGCACGGUUUUCUCAUGGGCAAAAGACCAAGCGUCGAACUGGAUUACUUUCUCCCAUCACGAACCACAACGCAAUACCUUGUCCGAAAGCUUCCCACCAGCUAUGGUUAUUCCAACAGGACCGAAAGCUUCCCACCGUGCCCCCUUCCGUUCGUCUUCUCCUAUCGACGUCCGCGCUCUCUUAACGCCGCAUAACCGUGGUCUUUCCAACCACGAAGUCCGAGAACUCACUAUGCUACAGACCCGAGUCGACAAUGCUAUAGCCGGCAUUGGGCCAUCGCUCCGAAUUCUACUCAAUAUACCCAAAUCCAUACAGUUGAACGUACAACAAAAGCAAAGGGUUUAUGAUGCCCAAAAGGUCCUCGAUAUGGCUGUUCUCGAAAGUAAAUUGCAGGGUCAGGGGGGAAGUGAAAGCGUUGUCAAAAAGACUGCUUCAACAUCUACGCCUCAGUAUGGUGGUCGAACGUGGUAUGAUAGCGAUGGCUGGACAGUUCUCACCCUGCCACCGCUAGAUCUUGCCGAGUCGAUAGAGGGGUCUCUCAUAGCGAGAUCUAUGUGGGUGGAGACUAACAGUCUGUUGGCACAGUUGAAGAGUGUACGGGUGAAGAUCUCCUUUAGUGCCGCGGAUCGCGAGACUCUGCGAAUUGAUACAUGA